AUGCUGAACCAUCCGUCAACUUUCAUUGGUCAGUGCCUCUUACUCUCCCUCCUGUUGGUGUGUUGUUUGAACAAGGCAGCCUGUUCGCCUGGGGAGGGCAGGAAGACUUGGCAGCAACCCAGGCCGGACCCCAUCAUCAAAGACCAGGCUUUCCUUCAUGACGCCUUCCCUUCAGGAUUCCUUUGGGGUUCGGGGACCUCUGCCUUCCAGACAGAGGGAGCCUGGGAUCAGGAGGGGAAAGGCCCAUCCAUCUGGGACCAUUUCACCCACUCCAAUGUCAGUGCUAAUUUGGCAACCGAUACUGCCAAUGUGGCCAGUGACAGCUACUCUCGCUGGGAAGAAGAUGUGGAGGCACUGGAGUAUCUAGGUGUACGAUCUUACUCUUUCUCUCUCUCCUGGCCCCGACUCUUUCCUGAUGGGAAUGCCAGGGGUCAGCCCAAUGCAGCUGCUGUGGAGCACUACGGCCGCCUAAUAAAGAGGCUUCUGGAAAAGAAAAUCGAGCCGGUUGUCACUCUCUAUCACUGGGACCUGCCACAAGUCCUACAGGAGCGAUAUGGAGGCUGGAAAAAUGACACACUAGUGGGACUGUUUGAGGAGUAUGCUGCAUUUUGUUUCCACACAUUUGGGAACCACGUUAAGUACUGGCUCACAAUGCACAAUCCAUACCUGGUGGCUGUGCAGGGGUACGGGACAGGUGUGCACGCUCCUGGAGAAACAGGGGGUCCUGCUGGCUCUCUCAUUGUGGCCCACAACCUGAUCAGGGCACACGCGAAAGCAUGGCACACCUACAACACCUUUUUCCGUCCAACUCAGAAGGGUAAGGUAUCCAUUGUUUUGGGAUCCCACUGGGUUGAGCCUCAAAGAGGCCAAGCCACAGCUACUAAUGUUGAGCUCUGCCAGCAGUCAAUAGAGGCUGUUCUUGGCUGGUUUGCCAACCCCAUUUUUGGUGAUGGGGACUACCCAGUCUCUUUAAAAAUCAAGCAUGGUGCCCUUCUGCCCACGUUCUCUCCUGAGGAGAAGCUCUGGGUGCAGGCAACAGCUGACUUUUUUGCUCUGUCUUUCGGGCCUAACAACCUCCGUCUGGGCCGGGGCCUGGUCCAGUAUGGACAGACGGUGGCCCCAGACCUGAGGCGCGUACUGGGCUGGAUAAAGCUGGAGUAUGGGGACCCAAGGGUGCUGGUGGCUGAGGGAGGCUGGUUUUCUGAAGAAAGUGUGGGAAAGGAGGACACUGUAGCCAUUUACCUUAUGAAGAGAUUUAUCAACCAGGUCCUGCAAGCUAUCAAGUUUGAUGGUGUGCAGGUGUUUGGCUAUUCCGCCUGGUCAUUGGUGGAUGGAUUUGAGUGGAAUUAUGGCUUCACUAUUAGGCGAGGCCUUUUCUACAUUGACUUCAGCCAACCAAACCGAACCAGGAGACCCAAGACCACUGCUCAGUACUAUAGGCGUGUUGUCGCUGACAGUGGUUUCCCCAGAGAUGAAACCUCCAGAGAGAUUAAAGGCCGUUUCCCCUGCAAUUUUCACUGGGGUAUGGCUGACUCAACUUUACAGGUCCACUUCUACCCUUUCUCACCACAGUUUACUGACCCCCAUUUGUACAGCUGGAACCUGACAGGAGACGGGUCAUUGCGUCCAGUCCCAGGGGUGAUGUUCCACACCAGCCGGGCCCAGUGCACUGACUACUUGGCUAUUCGCGGUCAUCUUCGCCUGUUUGCAUCCACUGGGGCUUCUCACUACCGCUUCGCCCUAAACUGGUCUCUGAUUUUACCCCAGGGAGACCUCUCUAAUGUGAACACUGAAGCUCUGAGGUACUACCGCUGUGUCCUGACUGAGCUCAAGAAGCUGGACCUGCAGGCUGUCGUCAUCCUCUACUACCCCACACACAGAGCUCCAAAUCUGGGCAUGCCUAAGCCACUGCAUGCUUCUGGUGGUUGGCUCAACUACAGCACAGUGGAGGCCUUUCAGGAAUAUGCAGCACUGUGCUACCAGCAGCUGGGCCCCUGGGUUCCAUACUGGAUCACCAUCAAUGAGCCAAACAGACUGGUAGAUGUUUAUUCCAGUGGGGAAGAGACGCAUCACGCAGCUCAUAACCUUCUUCUGGCUCACGCAAAAGCCUGGAGGCUGUAUGAGAGGGAACACUCUAGUCAACAGAGAGCGCUGGUAUCACUCGCAUUACAUGCCGACUGGGCCGAACCUGCAAACCCCUUCCUGGACUCACAUACGGCAGCAGCACAGAGAUUCCUUUUGUUUGAACUUGGUCGCUUCUUAGACCCAUUGCUGGGGACUAGAUAUGAAGAGAAACAUAACAAGGGGGACUACCCGCAAGAAAUGAAGGCUUACCUGAAGGAGAGAGCUCGAGUAACGGGCCUCCCUGGAUCCCCUCUUCCCAGCUUUACUGAGACUGAGAAGGAGGAGCUCAGAGGGACAUUGAGUUUUAUUGCACUGAACCAUUUCACCACCCGUUUGGUCUCUCCAUAUCCCCACAUGCAGGCUUAUUUUCGGCAGAAACAACCACCUGAUCAUGGCUGUCUGAUCCUUUCUGAUCCCACCUGGCCCUUCUCCAGUCUGAGGCAGGCUCUUGUACCCUGGGGCCUGCGGAAGACCCUAAACUGGGUGAGCCAGAGAUAUGGAGAGGCUCUGCCUAUCAUCAUCACAGCCAUUGGGGUUGAUGACCAGGCUCCUGUUGAGGACAAACUCAGGCAACACUUUCUCAGGAGUUACCUGCAGGAGGCCUUGAAAGCUCGCCAAUUGGAUGGAGUCAACCUGCAGGGCUUCUACAUGUGGAAGCUACAAGAUCGACAUGUACCCCAGUUUGGCCUCUUCACCUCAACCCACCACAAAUCCAAAGCCAAAGCCUCCAUUGGCGUCUACAGAGAAAUCAUCACUUGUGGUGGUUUCCCCGAGGAUAACACCAUGCAGACCUGCAGGCUUAGUGUGCUGCACGAACCUUGCUCUGUAUGUGCAUGGAUGUUCAAAAACAUAGCGAUGCUGGUUUUUGGAAGUUGUCUCCUAAUAACAGCUGCUAUGUUUGCAGCACUUGUCAUCUUUGUCACCGUCACCAAGAGAAACCAAAAAAGAGGCAGGGGGAGGGGGAUGAACAGAAUGAGCAGGAGACGAGGAAGGGAAGGAGUCCCUGGAUGCUCAUGUCCACCUGUUAAAUACUGACUGUAAUGUUGCAGACAAACUGUGUGUGGCACACUGUCAGAGCAAUGCUCUAUAAUUGUGUUUGGUCCAGUGAUGAUUGUGUCUGUGUUUGUGAUCAUUUUACCAACAAUUACUUUUGCGGGAAAGUGUUUCCAUUCAUUUUACUGUAAUAACAGGUUAUUAGAUGGAAGGUGAUUGGUUAAAAGAAUUGUAAAAUCUAUUUUGUUAGUUUCUACAGUAAAAUGAC